CACACCAAAGAGCGGAGUACUUAAUAAUUCACCGGGCUCAUACAAACGCGAGAUCUCGAACUGAUUUGAAAUCAACUCUUUGACCAUGAACGCUUUCCGUACACUCGCCAGACCCGCACAACAAUCAGCCAAGAGUAAGAGAGACUCUUGUUUUACCACAAGUGGAAAUAUAGUGCGUGUAUAUGCUAUGCUAAUGGUUGCUUGCACAUAAUCAGUUUCCCAGCGCAUGUUCCAUGCUGGUCUUCCCCGCUUCACGGGCAAAACCGUCGAAGCAAGCAGCACGAGCUUUGCUGAACUUGUCAACAAGGCCGAUCACCCUGUCAUUGUCGACUUUUAUGCAAACUGGUGCGGCCCAUGCAAAAUGCUCGGCCCAUUGUUGGAAAAGUCGGUUGCCGCUAACCCCAAGGUCACUUUGGUAAAACUGGAUGUCGAUGAAGCUGUUGAGCUCGCUGCCAAAUACCAGAUUGCCGCACUGCCUACUGUGGCUGCCUUCAACAAAGGCGAAGUUGUCGAUCAAUUUGUUGGUAUGCGCAACGGCCCUCAGGUUGAGACCUUCGUCAAGAAGCAUGCCGAACUUGCUUAAACUCACACCUGUACACCCACGCACUCAAAGAACACAAAACUAGUAAUAAAGAGAAAAUAGACUUUUGAUAUUAAAAGAUAAAGCGU